AUUCGGAGUUGCCAGUUGCCACCAUCUGGUGGCUGGAGCUUGUUCCACAGGCCUCGACUUGAUGUCACCUACCGAAUCAGACUCCCCAAAGAAGAACCGUAUGGUGGCACGACUCCGAGGACUGCAUUUCAGCCCCAUGUGUGAUUCUCAUUUUAUUUUUAAGACAGCGUUUCCCAUUCUUGCGCAAGAAACUACGGACUCCCCACCUCUCUCCGUUCUUAACGACAUUUGAGAGAAAGCGUGGCAUCAUCUUCGGAGGAAGCCAUUCUCAGAGGCUCUUAAGAAAACCCAUCAACUCAGAGAGGUCGAUCUCCCAAGGCAAGAACCUAAAGAAGCAAGAUCUCCCUAGGCAAGAACCUAAAGAAGCAAUGGGUCUGAAUUCCGCACUCUCCUCUUCUUCUCUUUUCUACCAACCAUUCCCAUCUUCAUCGCCAUCGUCAUCUUCUUCUCAUUCGUUCCCUGCCCAUCAUUCCUUUUUGGUUACACCCAAUUCGUUGAAGCUCCUCAUGCACAAGGGGAGUUUGUCACCUGCACCCAUAUUGAUCAAUCUCACCAAGAAGUCUUUCUCACGGUUCUUUGCUGCUGCCAGUGGGGAUUCGACAUCUCACCGUGAAUUCCCAACUACUGCAUGCGGCAACGGAGCUCCGCUGUCAUCGUCAUCCUCCGCCAUAGAUUUCCUUACCUUGUGCCACCGGCUCAAGACUACCAAAAGGAAGGGAUGGAUUAACCAUGGAAUAAAGAAUCCUGAAUCAAUUGCUGAUCAUAUGUAUCUCAUGGCAGUUAUGGCAUUAAUUGCAAAUGACAUUCCUGGUGUGGAUAGAGAAAGAUGCAUAAAGAUUGCAAUUGUGCAUGACAUUGCUGAAGCUAUUGUUGGUGAUAUCACACCAUCUGAUGGGGUCCCCAAGGCAGAGAAGAGCAGGCGAGAACUCGAGGCUUUGACUUACAUGUGUGAACUUCUUGGGGAACAAGCUAGGGCUGAUGAGGUAAAAGAACUUUGGGGAGAAUAUGAGAACAAUUCUUCUUUGGAAGCUAAACUUGUAAAAGAUUUUGACAAGGUGGAGAUGAUCCUGCAAGCAUUGGAAUAUGAAGCUGAGCAUGGCAAGGUCUUGGACGAAUUCUUCCUUUCCACGGCAGGGAAAUUUCAAACUGACAUCGGAAGGAGGUGGGCUGCGGAGGUGACGUCAAGAAGGAACAGAAGACUCGAUGGAAAGUGAAAGUUUUGAGAUGCCACUCAUCAAUUUCUUCAAUUUUUUUAAACGAUUUUCCUUCUGUGCUUUCGUAUUAUGUACCAUAUCCUUGGAUUCUGGAAAAACGGUGCUCAAUCGUGAGAUAACAGCAUGCCCUUGUCAAAAGCGUCUGAGAAAACAUCAAAUUGAUUAGAUCUAUUCUGGGUUCA